GGCAGCAGAGGCAGCCUGCCCUUCCAGCAGCGGAGCCCCUAGCGAAGGCGGAAGACCCCUGGGCCGCCAACCCUGGAAGCCGCCUGAUGUCCCCGCCCCGGAGAGGGCUGCACUGCGAGGACGCCCGGGCGCCCGCUUCGGUCCCCUUCUGUCUCUGGGUUCCUCUUUCCUCCCAAGUAAGGGAAUAAGCCGCUAGGAGGGAGCGCCCCCCGGCAAGCGCGCAACCAAGUGUAGCAUGGUGAGGAAUUGCCAGGAUUUCAGGAUUGGCCUGGACUACAGCAGGAGUAUGUUGCCUGAGGAGUAGCAGGAGUCUUUGUCAGCUGCCGAGAGCUGCCCACAACUGUCACCGACCGAGAGCCCUAGAAGUCUUCUGAAGGCCUGCAUAUCUGCAAUGAGCCAGGCCCUGAGCUGGGCCCUGGCUUCUCCCUGGUGAACAGCACUCCACCCGUGGCCUCGGGCAAUCACACUCCGCUGAAAGAUGAGUGAAGGACGAUGGGUCUCUCUCUCAUCAGAAGAAUUUGAUCAGCUCCAGAAAUACUCUGAAUAUUCCUCCAAGAAAAUAAAAGAUGUGUUGAUUGAGUUUAAGGAAGGUGGGAGCCUCAAGCAAUGUGACCCACACAAGCCCAUUAGCUAUGAUGUCUUCAAGCUGUUCAUGAGGGCAUACCUGGAGGUGGACCUUCCCCAGCCACUGAGCACACACCUCUUCCUGGCCUUCAGCCAGAAGCCCAGACAGGAGACACCUGACCACCCAAAGGAGGGGGCCAGCAGUAGUGAACCCAAUAUCUCAGAUUAUAAUGCGGAUAAUGCUGCCAAAGCAGAUGAGGCCUGCGCUCCAGACACUGAAUCAAAAAUGGCUGAGACACAAGCAUUACCUAAAGCCCUAGAGGCUCUAACCCUGUGGGAAGAUCCUGAUGCUCUGUCUUCAAGCUCAGAUGCUCCUGUGGUGUACCUCAAGGAUGUCGUGUGUUACUUGUCCCUGCUGGAGACGGGGAGACCUCAGGAUAAGCUAGAAUUCAUGUUUCGUCUCUAUGAUUCCGAUGAAAACGGACUCCUGGACCAGGCGGAGAUGGAUCAGAUUGUGAACCAAAUGCUACAUAUUGCCCAGUAUCUGGAGUGGGAUCCCACGGAGCUCAGGCCUAUAUUGAAGGAGAUGUUGCAGGGGAUGGACUACGACAAGGAUGGCUUUGUGUCUCUACAGGAGUGGGUCCAUGGGGGGAUGACCACCAUCCCAUUGCUGGUGCUCCUGGGAAUGGAUGACUCUAGCUCCAAGGGGGAUGGGAGGCACGCCUGGACCCUGAAGCAUUUCAAGAAGCCCACUUACUGUAACUUCUGCCACGUCAUGCUGAUGGGUGUUCGGAAGCAAGGCCUGUGCUGCAUUUACUGUAAAUACACUGUCCACCAACGCUGUGUGUCCAAAAACAUUCCUGGAUGUGUGAAAACAUACUCCAAAGCCAAAAGGAGUGGCGAGGUGAUGCAGCACGCGUGGGUAGAAGGGAACUCCUCCGUCAAGUGUGACCGGUGCCACAAAAGUAUCAAGUGCUACCAGAGUGUCACCGCGCGGCACUGCGUGUGGUGCCGGAUGACGUUCCACCGCAAAUGUGAAUUAUCGACGGUGUGUGACGGUGGGGAACUCAAAGACCACAUUUUGCUGCCUACCGCCAUAUGCCCCGUCACCCGAGACAGGCAAGGAGGAAAGUCGGACAGCAGCGUGGCCUCCAAGGGUGAACUUGUAACACAGUAUAAGAUCAUCCCUAGCCCAGGAACUCACCCCCUGCUGGUCUUGGUGAACCCCAAAAGUGGAGGGAGACAAGGAGAAAGGAUUCUUCGGAAGUUCCACUACCUGCUCAACCCCAAACAAGUUUUCAACCUGGACAACGGGGGGCCUACUCCAGGAUUGAACUUUUUCCAUGAUACCCCAGACUUCCGUGUACUUGCCUGUGGCGGAGAUGGGACAGUUGGCUGGAUUUUGGAUUGCAUUGAUAAGGCCAACUUCACAAAACAUCCACCAGUGGCUGUCCUGCCUCUUGGAACGGGGAAUGACCUGGCGAGAUGUCUCCGCUGGGGAGGAGGUUACGAAGGGGGCAGCUUGACGAAGAUCCUGAAGGAAAUUGAACAGAGCCCCUUGGUGAUGCUGGACCGUUGGUGUCUAGAGGUCAUCCCCAGGGAAGAGAUGGGGAAUGGAGACCAGGUCCCAUAUAACAUCAUGAACAACUACUUCUCCAUUGGUGUGGAUGCUUCCAUUGCACACAGAUUCCACAUGAUGAGAGAGAAACAUCCUGAAAAAUUCAACAGCAGGAUGAAGAACAAGCUGUGGUAUUUUGAAUUUGGUACCUCGGAGACCUUUGCAGCCACCUGCAAGAAACUCCAUGAUCACAUAAAGCUGGAGUGUGACGGAGUUGAGGUGGACCUGAGCAAUAUCUUCCUGGAAGGCAUUGCCAUUCUUAACAUUCCCAGCAUGUACGGAGGCACCAAUCUCUGGGGAGAAACCAAGAAGAACAGGGCUGUGAUCCGGGAAAGCAGGAAGAGCGUCACAGACCCAAAGGAGCUGAAAUGCUGUGUCCAAGACCUCAGCGACCAGCUCCUUGAAGUAGUGGGUCUCGAGGGAGCCAUGGAAAUGGGACAGAUCUACACUGGCCUGAAGAGUGCAGGGAGGAGGCUAGCUCAGUGCUCCUCUGUCACCAUUAGGACUAACAAGCUUCUACCGAUGCAAGUAGAUGGAGAGCCCUGGAUGCAGCCCUGUUGCACGAUUAAAAUCACUCACAAAAACCAGGCACCUAUGAUGAUGGGGCCUCCCCAAAAGAGCAGCUUCUUUUCAUUGAGGAGGAAAAGCCGUUCAAAAGACUAAACAGUGUGCCAAACAAACACCAGCUCCCCCAAAAAAAGAAAGAAGAAUCUACACACACACACACACACACACACACACACACACACACACACACACCUGUAACCAGAUGAAGCAAAGCCACCCUUCCAGAGGAAAAUGUCAUCCUGCCGUACAGUCUACCUAUUUUGAAAACGGAUCCACUCUUAAUAGAGCCAAAACCCAUGAAAUAUUCUGAGUGGACUCAGGGCCCACCAGGAUGGGUUGGCUCAUACAGCAACUUCCACAUUCCCACAGGCCUUGGGUAGACUUUGAGCCUGAAGGAGAAAUCCCCUUUUUCUUCACUGCUCCUGUAAGGUUCCAGGCUGUAGGUUUCCUGCCUACAGUGAGAUCGGAUGUGGCCAGGGGAAAGAGCUCCAACCCAGAAAUUUUGCACAAAAGUCCUUCUGUAUGGAAACAAAACAGCCUCUAGCUCUCCAAGCAAAACCCUUGGCAGGGCUCAGCAAGCACACGAUGGUUUCUUCCUCGUCCUUCAAGCAACAGCUCCUCCCCUCACUUGCUGAGGAAAGCCAAGAAGCUGCGGAAAGCUGUUUCCAUUCUUGGUUCUCUGCUGCCCAUGGGCACUUGUUCGCUUCCUGAAGCAUCUCUUGGUGGCUCUUUGCUCAAAGAACAAACAAGACUGCCUGGGCAGUCUACUUUAGAUGUGGUAUUUAUUUUCAUAGUUCUUAUGAACCCCUGGGCGGGAAAACUGAGAAAGUGGACUUUAUUUUUCAAAUUGAUGUCAUAAUAUUGUGUAAAAAGGAAAGGGAA